CUAUUUGGGGAAAGUUCAUGCUAAGAAACUGAAGCAAUUAAUGGGUGAAUAUGAUCAAAUUUCUCCAUCAAGUUCUCAACCUGAUAAGGAGAAUCCCUUGUCAAUCUAAUGAAUCAUUCAAAGAAGACAUCUGACUCUUUUCAGGAUGAACUUGAAGAUUAUAUCAAAGUGCAGAAAACCAGAGGCUUAGAGCCAAAUACUUGUUUCAGAAAGAUGAGAGAGGAUUAUUUGGAAACCUGUGGAUACAAAGAAGAGGUUGAUUCUAGACCCAGGUGUAGAAUGUUUAAUCAAAGACUCCCUUAUGAACCCGUCCAGACCUACCAAAGACCAUGCAAUAUUUCACAAGCAGUGGAGAAGCGGUUACCUCAGUGGCUACCAGCUUAUGACAGCAGGCUGAGACUAGACUCCCUGAGCAACUGUCAAUUCACCAGGGACUGUUUCUCAGGAAAACCAGUAGCCCUGAACUUUAGUCAACAAGAGUAUAACUGUAGCUCAUACAGUGUAGAAUCUGGAGUUUACAGGCAUCUCUCCUUAGAAAACAGUACCAGUGCCCAUCAAACUAGUUAUAAACAGAUACAUCAGAAGAGAAAAAGACACCCAGAGGAAGGCUGGGAUAAACCAGAAGAGGAGCGGCCCAAGCAUAAGAGGAAGAAAGCUUAUGAGGAAAUAGACUUAGACAAACACAAGAGCAUCCAAAGAAACAAAACAGAGGUGGAAACAGUCAGAGUCAGUACAGAAAAGCUUAAGAACUGAAAGGACAAAAAAAGCCAAGAUGUAGCCUCUAAGAAAGAGGAAUGUAAGCGUAGAAAAGAGAAAAAGGAACAAGGGAAAGAAAGGACAGAAGAGGAGCUGCUUUGGGACCAGUCUAUCCUUGGAUUUUAA